UUUGAAAUUACUGUGUGCAAAUGUUCCCAAUGGACAACGUGAAUUAACUGAUAUGUAUUUGCAAGCGAAUAGUGCCAAUUCUAGGUUUAAAGAGAGGGAACGGUCAAUUAAACAAUCACACUCACCGGUUAGUGAUACUAAUAUCGAGGACCAUUUCAGGAAGCGCUCUGUUAGUGAUGUAUCCCAGGAUUCCACAGCAUCAUCUGUGUUGACAUCACCGAGUCCGACCGAUAUUUCCAUUCCAAGCCCUAGCCCCAGUCCAACAGCAAACAGAUCAAAUCAAAAUGAUAAGAUGGGUCCUCGGCGGGAUUCCUCAGUUUCCGGUUCUUCUGUGGGAGGGCUCUCCAGGAUUCCCACAAUGGCUAAGGGGUCUCAGUUGUCCAUGCAGUCUAGCUUCAACCUCGAUAUGGAAUCUGCUAGAGGAACCCCUGUCAAACCACCAGAGACCCCACGAAACAGUGCAGAUAUCACAAAGAAGAUUUUACAAGCGGCAAAGAAGAACGAUGCUGAAACCCUAACCCGAUUGUUGGCGGAAUUCCCUGGCGCGGAUCUAACGGUUGUAGAUGAAAAUGGGAAAACAGCUUUGCAUCACUGUGCAAACAAUGGUGAUGCAAACAACGUAGACACUCUGCUAUCCCAGGGGGCUCAGCCCAAUACAAUUGACAAGAAUGGUCAAACUGCACUACACUUGGCCGCCAAGAAAAACGCUGUAGAGGUCAUAGAAAUGCUGGCAGUAAAUGGUGCCUUGCUGGAUUACCCAGAUGUUAAAACAGGACAGACAGCCCUACAUCUUGCCGUUGCAAAGAACUUUCUCUCAAGUGUCCAAAUCCUUAUUUUCAGCGGCGCAGACACAACAAUUAAAGAUAAGCAAGGACGGACGCCACACAUGUUUUGUCGGUCGAAAGAGAUGAGAACUUUACUUGCAAUGAAUAGUUCUGCUGCACUCAAUGUUUCUAUGGGAGAGAUGAUGCUACAGACGGUAGAAAUAAUCGGAGGGGCAAAAACUUACUGUGAAAGGCUUGAUGUCACAAUCGACUUUGCCUCGGGAGCUGUUGGUGAUAAAUUCUCAAUGAUGUGCAGACGACAACCUAUCGACUUCUGUGACGUCAAAUUUCAAUUUGCUGCGUCAGAAGAGGUCAUCAGUGACGUUAUCACUUAUCGUGUUCAAAGAAAGGGACGCAAAACUUUAUGUACGUUUACUGUUCCAAUAUAUGGACAACCCCUAAAGUCAGAAGAGGUGGCAAUGAAAAGUAACCAAGGGCAUGAUAUUAUUGUUUCCAAAGUGUUCGAAAAAGACAAGAAAUACUUCUGUGAUGUAUCCGCCGAUCUUCCUGAGCUAAAUGCCUUUGUUUUUGUAACCCGUCCAAAGCAGGAAUCUUUCACAGCAUCUAGUGAUAAUACCACUAUAACUUCAGAAAUCAAUGAUAAGGUUAAAAUUGUUUUUCCAAAAGGGACUUUUGAGGAGCCCACAAAAAUAUUCCUUCAGGUAACAGAGCCACCAGAUGCUGGUAUUUUGGAGUCUGCAGAAAUGAAGGAUGUGUACUCAAUUACACCCUUCGUAAGAUCACAAGCUGAAAAUCACGUGGGUCCAAAACAGGAAAUUCAAAUGCAACUACCUCUACCGGAAGAAUAUGGUGUUGGUGGAACUAUUAAGGUGUUCACCUCAAAUGUGUACGAAAUUGACGACAUAAGUGAAAACAGCUGGAAUCUCUUGGAUACGAGGUGUAAUGUAUCUAAAGACGUUAUUUCGUUCGAUACCAGGACAUUUUCUCUAAAAGUUGCAAUUGAAACCAAAAAAGAUGUAACGGUUGAAAAACUUAGACCGCAAGUCCACUCGCUGUUUCAGCGUGCACGGAAAAUGGACCAUUCUGUUAAAUUUCUUGCCAUGUCCAGACGUCUGGAAGAAACCGAUUCUUUUCAGGUCGCUAUAGAAUGUGCUCCAAUAGACAGAGUUGAUGACUGUAGAGAUUUCUGGUUAAAGGAAGGUUUUAAAGACCAACGAUCUAAAAAGUCUCAAUCAUACACAGUGAAAUCCAGAGAACAGUUCAUAUUAUUUGUGAAAAAUCUCAAACUGCUAGGUGAUUCUGAGGAUAUUCAAUUUCAAUUCCAUCCAAGGAGGAGAAAUUUUCAGUGCUUUACAGUUGAAACUUCGCAACAGGUGAAAAAAGUGUCGGGACAGGUUCAAGUGAAUAAAAUUCUUCCAAUCACUGAUAGUGAUCAGUCCGGUGAAUCUAAGAGGAAAACUAAAAGCAUCACAAACAUCCUCAUAAACCUCUCAAAGGAACCUGAGGAGGACGAGCCCGAAGACGAGGAGGAGGAGGAGAAGAAAGAGGAGGAGGCUCCUCCAACACUGGAACCUCCAAAAGACAUCACUAAACCGGCACCAGCUGCUAAACCGAUCACCCCCAGCAGAAAUUUGUUGACACCAAGUGAACCAAGCGAGCCUACAAACAGGACGUCCAUCGCAGUCAUGAAAGAGAAGAGCUUUGAUUUUACCCUGAGUGAAAAGGGGGAUCCUUCCUUCAAAGGUUUCACGGAUGAUAAAUUUCUUCGGGAUACCUGUAAAGAGAUGGACGAAGAAUGGUAUAAAGUAGCGGUAUUAAUGGGCUGGAACUAUGCAGAUAUUGAGAGAAUGGUCAAGGAAAACAACCCUUCUCAAGAAGAACUCAUCUGGCAUUUUUUGCUUUCUUGGCGAAACAUGUGUAAGACAAAGGAUGAUUUGGGUUUGCCUGUACUAGUCACUGCUCUAUCAAAAGGAGGAAGAAGAGAUCUUUGCACAUUAAUUCAGCUUCAACUUAGAGACUGGACUACCGUGGAGGAAAACAAAAAAUCAAAGUUUUACAGAUGGGUAUUGAAAGCUUUCAAUAACUCCGAUUUAAUGAAUCCAGGAGAUUAUCCACCCCCACUCUCGGACCAGUUCCUGGUAUUGCUGGUGGACAUGACUAAAUGUCAGACGGAGAUUUUGGAGCCACUUGGAUUGACUCAAAAAGAGAUAGAAAGAGUCAUGUCUAGUAACAAUUAUAAAUCUCCAGAUGAGAAGAUGUUAAAGUUGUUCAUCAUGGGACGUGAAAAAUCUACUCUGAAGAAAGAUUACUUAAAGAAGUUGGUACGGUCUUUGGAUCAUUAUGGCCUACAGGAUGCAAAACGUUGGCUCAUCAUUGCCUGUAAAAAGUGGCUUGAAAUCAGCGAGAAGAGCGGAGACCCGUUUUGUGAAGAUGUGCAGCAUGUCAUCAAGUCUUUCAGCAUCUAGCAUAUGGAAUCAGGAUUUUUUUUUAAAUUCUCAGAAUACCAUUUAAAUU